AUGUGUAUUUAUAACAUUUAUUAUAAUGCAACAUUUUGUGAGUCGAAAAAUCGCAAAAUCGCAAAAUCGCAAAAUCGAGAAAUCGAAAGAAAGGAAAUGAAUAGAAACAAAUUUAGCUGCGACUGUCGUCUGGACUGGGUGUACGUGCUUCAUGACAAAACUGCUCAAUCACAUAUUCGCAACUCUUUAGAAGAGUUACAAUGCUCAAAGAAUAUCGAAAAGUCUGCAGCUACAACGCAAGUAGUGGAGAAUUUGGUGUGUUCGUCUUCGAUCUACACCAAUUCCGUCAAUGAAAAUUUUGAACAAGACGACUACUCCGAUAGGGAUGAUAAUGAAGACAGCAAUGGAAACGUUUAUUUAAUGUCAAUUCCAGUAAGAGAUCUGCCUUGUCCUCUUGAGUACCGACCUACACCUAUAACAGUGAAACAAGGCAGUCCACCUGAAGGAUGGGUUAAAUAUAAGGGUGUCCGGAAAGUCAACGAUAAUACUGAAAGGGGCGAUUGA